CUGGCUUGAUAUGAUAGAGGUUGAAUCUAUAGUCGGGGGAAGCUCGGGACAGCAGUUGAAGACGAUUAAGAGAUUGGUCCGUGCGCCAUCGUCAUUGUUUAUCAACUUUCGCGCUCCGCAUCAUCAAGUGGAAUCAAAACAAUCCAAAGUCGCUUAUGAUACCCGGCGCAUGACUAACUCAAGGGCAAACACCCAGAACUUAUGGCAACCAGCGACUCGACAAGCCAUUGAAAAUAGGACUGUACUGUAACACAUAUUCGUAUCAACAGCCUACUCCACGAGUAACCACCAGAACACCCCACGGUAGUCAUCAUGGCGGCCAGCAACCUCUCGACAUACUCCGAUUGCGUCUCCUCUCUCCGCACAUCCCUCAAAUUUCUCGAAUCAUCCGUUGAGACUCUUGAUAAUGGCGUAUCCGAUUUUCCCCGUCUAGUCAACGUCCUCAAGACCGUCCGCCACUACGAACUCAUCCCACAACCCACUCUCGCUGCAGCUGAAGCUUCAUUACGCGACGAAAUCGGACCAUAUAUCGCUCUUCUUCUCGCCCGCGCAGACUCCCAGAUCGAGCGUCAGGAGCGUCGCAUCGAAACACUCAAAGCCCGCGCAGAGCUUCAGCAGGGUCGUUUAUCCCGCCCAGAUGAUGACUACGACGAAUACGGUGGAAAGUCUAAGAAGCAGAGAACCGGAAGUCGUAAGUUAACCGCAGAGGAGAAGCUCCGCGCGCGAGCAGUUCGACAGCGCAAGGAGGCUCUGCGCUAUGGUGUCGAGAGAUUAGAGCUGGAGGUGUUGCAGAAGGAGAGGGAGCUCAGGAAGAGACUGGAAGGAUGAGAAGUGAACGAAUAAACGAGAAACGGAGAAACAACUGUACGAAGGCAGUUUGAAAUAUGGUCCCUCGAUGCAACGAAAUCUACAUUGCGACACAUCAUGCCCCCAGAGGCAAAGACAUGACGUCGCACCGAUCGAUGAGCAAGCCAGGUGGGAUCGGCACCGGACAUAUACUGGCCUCGUCAAAAUAUCAAGCAAAUGCCAAUCCUCCUCGGCGAAAAACGCGCGGAAACCAGUCAGAGGAUUACGUACUGAGUUUAAGACGAACUCGGUAGGAACUCAAGGCAAGUGGUUGCUUUAACUUGAACACGACCCAAGCUCCAGAACGGUACGUUGCCUAGUCUCAUGUAGGCUAGAUUAGACAUGUUAUUGAUACCCAGUUUUACGAAGAAACUGCCACGCGUUCCUGAGUAAAACCUUAACACCACAUGCAUUGGUAUCAAUGGCUGUUGAAUGGUCCCGCCAGUUGCAGAUCCUAAAUUUAGACUCAGCCCAACCUCACAAUUGAUCAAUUCGAGGAUUCAGCUUGCAUUCCAAUAAUCAUCGUGUUCACUAGGUCAAAGGGAUACCUUAUCCCUUGUCGUUGUAACUACAGCUUGCUUGGUACUGUUCAUAUAUGCACCUGGCCAACCCAGAUCCAUUGACAAAAUACAACCCUUCCCACACAAAGCCCAGCCUGCUCGCAGGUCUACGAGCACGUUUCCUCGAAAACUCAGGCCCACAGCCACACCGGGUCGUCGGGCGUUGUGCCACUUCGCCAGAGGGUGAGAAACCUUAUUCGAACCAAAUCUCGCGGUUUUCCCGAGGGUAAUAGAUAAAGCGAAGAACAACAAUAAGUGAGGACAGUAGAAAAGAAGACAUUCAAAGUGAAAAGAACAGCCUAGUUGCAGGCGCCGUGGUCCGAGGUAUAACACAAGGGGGUUUUUCGUCCCAAAUAUACUCCAUCCAACAUAUUUCCCAUCCCAGUGCAGAAACCAAAUCGCCGAGUCGUAACUCUAAAAACGUUAAAAUGUGACAAACAAUGAACGAGCAGCCCGUACGUGGGUCUGACGGUGUUCGACGGGCGAUAUAUCGCACAUCGCCGAACGGGUAUCCCAGGGAAUCCAUGCAUGGAUCGUUGCUCAUAACAAGAUGAGGUAGUUGCUGGGCGCAAUACCCGUCUCGCCGCUCUCUUUGCGCGCUUGCCACCACCUUCCGCUAACAUCCGACACUUCGAGGAUCUCGUGCUUGGAGAAUGAAAUUUCGUUGGCGUCAUCCGGGUUGGCCUCGUAGCUGUAGAUGGCCUUUGCUCUAUAGGGAUAUUCAGUGGGUGGCACGACCUCGGUGUCGUUGCCGGGAGAGUUGUUUGGCUUGGCUUGCGGUGGUUGUUGUUGCAUGACUGAGUUGGUAAAGCUUUGGGGAACUGCUGAUCCGCGUGCUCCUCCGACUUGCGAUAUACCUCCCACAGGCGAUGGGUUCUCGAAACCAUUAAGCUGAGCAGAAGUGUACAUCUGAGGGGGCUGGACCGAGUUGGAUGUCUCGGGGCGGCCACCGUAGGCGUUCAUAGUAGAUCGAUGAAUCGUAGUGGAUUCUUUGGCGAGGGCAAAUGAGUCAAGGAAAGCUCGAGGAGUUGAAGAGGGGCUGGAUCCAAAGUAAAACGUCCAAAUAACCUAACUCGCUAUUAGAUUUACGUCUGAAGUCAAUCUGGAAUGCAACUCACGAUAACCAUGGCUAGCAGAAU